AUGAGGAUGAAGCCUGGCUGCCGCGUGACACCAUUGGCGACCAGCGCGGUCUGGCCGCACGCCACGAGGCGACCCAACCUCCUGCUCACCGGUACUCCCGGUGUUGGGAAAACCACGCUAGGCAAAGAACUAGCCUCGAGAGCAGGGCUCGUCUACAUUAACUUUAAUACUAAUUUUGCUGCAGGAGAACUGUAUGAAGGUUUUAAUGAGGAAUAUGAAUGUCCAAUUUUGGAUGAGGACAGAGUAAUUGAUGAACUAGAAGACAAAACGAAUGAAGGUGGAGUUGUUAUUGAUAAUCAUGGCUGUGAUUUUUUCCCAGAAAGGUGGUUUCAUAUAGUAUUUGUACUUCGUACGGAAAAUUCAGUUUUGUAUGAUAGACUUGAAAGCAGGGGCUACAAAGGGAAAAAGCUGCAGGACAACAUUCAGUGUGAAUUCAGUGAAGCCAUGUCAUCUUAUAGAGAGGAAAUUGUGCACCAGAUAUCCAGCAACACUCCAGAGGACCCAGAGCAAAAUUUGAAUCAGAUUAUGCAGUGGAUUGAGCAAUGGAUGAAAGACAAUUGA